UCCUGGCACGAGGGUGGGGGGACGCAGCCUGGCUGGUGCCCACUACCGCGCUCUGCUCGCACACGCCACCUCUGGACCGCCACCGACAGCGUGAGAAGUCAGAGAGCGCGGGUUUGGGACCAGGACCCGCCAGGAGGGCGGAAGAGGGAAGCGUGCCUUGGGGGCUGGAGCUCCUUCUGUCUUGCACGACCGACACCUGCUCCGCUCUCUGAGUGAAGAUGGUGAGUUCCACAGACUCCGAGGUGCACCCGACCAUGGGGAUCAAGAUCCUCUCGGCUGGAGUGGCGGCCUGCUUGGCGGACGUGAUCACCUUCCCGCUGGACACCGCCAAAGUCCGGCUACAGAUUCAAGGCGAAUGCCAGACCUCCAGUGCUAUUCGGUAUAAAGGUGUCCUGGGAACCAUCUCCACUCUAGCCAGAUCAGAAGGACCCGUGAAGCUUUACAGCGGGCUGCCCGCCGGCCUUCAGAGACAGAUAAGCUUUGCUUCUCUCAGGAUCGGCCUCUAUGAUACAGUCCAGGAGUUCUUCGCCACAGGGAAAGAAAGUAAGCCACCCGGUAGUUUAGGAAGCAAGAUCUCAGCUGGCUUAACGACCGGAGGAGUGGCAGUAUUCAUCGGGCAGCCCACAGAGGUCGUGAAAGUCAGGCUUCAAGCCCAGAGCCAUCUGCAUGGUCUCAAGCCUCGCUACACUGGGACUUAUAAUGCUUACAGAAUUAUAGUAACAACGGAAGGCCUGUUGGGUCUUUGGAAAGGCACCACUCCUAAUCUGAUGAGGAACGUCAUCAUCAAUUGCACAGAGCUGGUCACGUAUGACCUAAUGAAGACGGCCCUUGUGAGAAACAAGAUCCUAGCAGAUGACGUCCCCUGCCACUUGCUGUCAGCUCUUAUCGCUGGAUUUUGCACCACCAUUCUGUCCUCUCCAGUGGACGUGGUGAAAACCAGAUUUGUUAAUUCUCCACCAGGACAGUACACAAAUGUGCGUGACUGUGCAAUGACUAUGUUCACCAAGGAAGGACCUACGGCUUUCUUCAAAGGACUUGUGCCGUCCUUCUUACGACUUGCAUCCUGGAACGUCAUUAUGUUUGUGUGCUUCGAACAGCUAAAACGAGAACUGAUGAAGUCACGGCAGCCUGUGGACUGUGCCACAUGAUUAGCUUCAAGCAAAGGAGGUAACAUAGCAGUAGGAAUCUUUGCUGACUGGUUCAUUAAAACAAAACAACAAAAUGACUAUUCAUUUUAAGCCACAAAAGAUAAAUUCUGGCAGAGAAUUUUGGACAUUUCUUAUGUAUCAAAAAGGGAAAAAUAACACCUAUUUCAUAUAAAAUUUAUUCUCAGUGUCCUGAGGAAGGAAAAGCAAAACAUUCAGUAUAUAAAGCCUGGCAAAUAUGACACCCAGAUAACUUACUGCAUUUGACUGAUCAUUUUUGGUGCAGAGUUAUAUGACUGAAUAUGAAGAAUUACAACAUGUUUUAAUUCUAACUCAAACUGAUAGAAAAGGAAAACUCUAAUAAAG